UGAUAUACUAUUAUUAUUAAUAAAUUAAAAAGUGAUGCGGUAGAUGUCUGAUAAAAAACGUAAGAGAAUAGUAGAAUGGGCAAUGAGAAAUCAACGCCCAAAAAGUCGGAAGCACGAGAACACGGAGGAUACACCAAAAGCGCAGAUGGAACUCCAGCAAAAACACCAGAGCCUCGACGUUCGAAAAAAAUAAUAAAUAAACCGAAGAAAAGUUCAUCUGGACCGACGAAUCCGUUUUUGAUAUUUUUUCUGAGGAUGAGAAGCAAAAAACCUAAUGAACAUGUCACUACUAUCGCACGUGCUGCGGGUAGACAGUGGGCUAAAAUGACUCCAGAUCAACGUCAGAAAUAUGUCAAUCUCGCUAAUGCUGCUAAGAAACGAAAAGUUGUUAAGAAAAAGAAAAAACGUGAUGAAGAUGAAGGUGAUCCAGAAUAAAUUUUUUUGUUUUAAUUUACAAACAAGUCGUGAAAUAUUUAAAAAAAAUUACAAUAUAAUAUGUUACAAAAUUUUGAUAAUUUAAAGUCAUGGAAUAUUCAAAUAUUUAAAAAAAAAAAUUGUGCAAUUUUUAAUUAAACGUCAUAGGAAUUUUUUAAAUUCAAAUUUAAAUUUUUGUAACAAAAUUUUUAUAAUUUAAACUCGAAAUAUUUAAGAUUCUAAAAAUAAAAAAAAAAUGUGCAAUUUUGAAUUA